AAGACCAACAGAGCCAACUAACCUGGAUCCUUACCCAAACAAACCAGAGGGUGGCAUAGUUGGUACUCAAGAGCAGCAAAAGAGGAAAAAACGCAUUUCAGGAAGUCUCUUUCCAUAUCAGAGAAUCGAAACUGAAACAGAAGCAGUUUUUACUUCCUUACAACCUGCCAGCAUCAGCCACACCCCUGUGUUUCUCAGCUAAUUUGAGCGGGUAUGAACGUAGACAAGCGGACUGCUUGAGUUUACACUAAGACUAAAUGAGGUUGUUUUUCUCUUACAUCUUAGGAGGAAGAGAAUACAGACGCCAGACAUUUUCCACAUCAAAAUGGACAGUUUCUUUCUUUUUUUUUUCCUUUUAAAAGUUUUUUUUUUUCCCAUAGAAGAAGUUUGAAAAUUUGGACACUGUGAGAACGUCAGUGACCACUGUGACCUACAACCUCAGGUGGGGCGGUGGGAUUCUCUUCACUGCCCCUCCAGGCAAUUUGGCUAAUCGGAAUGGCAGAGACACUCAACCUUCCAAAAAACACAGAUGAGUGGACAAAAGAGGAUGUAAAUCUGUGGCUAGAAAGUCACAGGAUUAAUCAAAAACACAGGGAAAUCUUGAUGGCACAAGAUGUGAGUGGAGCAGUCUUGAAAUGGUUAAAUAAAAAACAUCUUGUUGAUAUGGGCAUAACCCAUGGGCCAGCUAUUCAAAUAGAAGGGCUAUUCAAAGAAUUGCAGAAGACAUCCCCCCAAAACUGUACUCAGACACCUAAGAAGAGAAAAGUCCAUAAAAAUAUUCCUAAAACCGAGACAGAAAGUAGAGAGACUUCAAAACAAAACCAAAGAGCUGAAGAGAAAUCAUGUAAGGCUGAUGCCUUUACAGUGAGUCCAGAAGGGAACUCACAUAAGGUUGAUGCCUCUGCAGCGAGUCCGCAGGCUAAAGGUUCUAAAUCAGACAAAAACGAGCCAGUGGAAGAUAAAACAGUCCAGCAGGAUAAGCAGUCAUUUCCAGGACCAACAUGCAUUGCAUAUCCUUUCAAUGAAUUCAGUAGUCCAUACCGUUACAAAUUAAAUUUCAUCCUACAGCCGGAAACAGGGCCACUCAAUCUCAUUGACCCAAUACAUGAAUUCAAAGCCUUCACAAACACAGAGAAAGCCACAGAAGAGGACAUAAAGAUAAAAUUUAGCAACGAAGUCUUCCGAUUUGCUUCAGCUUGUAUGAACUCACGUACUAAUGGCACCAUUCAUUUUGGAGUCGAAGACAAACCCCACGGAAAAAUUGUUGGUGUGGAGCUUACCACUGUCACUAAAGAUGCCCUCAUUGACCACUUCAAUCUGAUGAUAGCCCAGUAUUUUGAGGUCCACCAAGUCCAACAAGCAAAGAAGUGCAUUCGAGAGCCAAGAUUUGUGGAAGUUUUACAGCCAAAUAGUACUCCAUCUAACAAGUUCGUUAUUGAAGUGGAUAUCAAUCCGCAAUACUCAGAAUGCAAAGAAGACUACUUCCAAAUCAAAAUGCAAUGUUUGAAGGACAGAACAUGGCAACAAAGUUCAAAAUACUCAGUGUUUGUGAGAGAUGGACCCAGAAGUAAGGACAUCAUAGGGAAUAAAGCCGAUUUCAAAAAUUUUAAGUUAGACUUAAAAGCACUGGCAGACUCUAGAAAAGAAGCAGAAAAAAAAUCCAAAGUAAAACCAAAUGGAAACAACAGAGAGGGGCAAAAGCUAAUUGACCUGUUGACAGGAAAUAAAGAUCUGUUAGAUAACUCAUAUUAUGAAUGGUACAUUCUUGUAACAAAUAAAUGUCAUCCAGAUCAAACCGAACAUGUAGAUUUUCUGAAGGAAAUUAAAUGGUUUGCUGUAUUAGAGUUUGAUCCUGACUCUAAGAGCAAUGGUGUGGUCAAGGCGUUCAAAGGAACCCGAGUAGCAAAACUCUACUUUCCAAGUCAAUUUAUAGAAGACAAAACCACAGUAAGUGAGAAGAUUUCCACUCUGAAACUUUACCAGCAACCAAGCUGGAUAUUCUGCAAUGGGAGGUUAGAUCUGGAGAGUGACAAAUACAAACCCUUAGAUCCAAUAUCCUGGCAAAGAGAGCGAGCUUCUGAAGUCAGGAGGUUGAUUUCAUUUCUUACACGUGAUGACAUAAUGCCAAGAGGGAAGUUUCUGGUAGUGUUUUUAUUACUGUCCUCUGUGGAAGACCCAAGAGACCCCCUUAUUGAGACUUUCUGUGCCUUNUAUCAAGAUCUUAAAGGGAUGGAAAAUAUAUUGUGUAUUUGUGUACACCCACACAUAUAUCAGGUAUGGAAAGACCUACUUGAAGGUAGAUUAUCAAGACAGCAAGAUGAAUUAUCAAGGCAAAGCAUUUCUACUUUAAAUCUUGCAGAGAUAAAUGGCACUAUUCUUAAAUUAAAAUCUUUAACUCAGUCUUCAAAGCGAUUAUUGCCAUCUGUUGGCUCAUCUACUGUCCAUCUGAAAAAGGAAGAAGAAGAAAUUAUGACUGCCUUGGAAAUUCUCUGUGAAAAUGAAUGUGAAGGCACACUCUUGGAGAAAGACAGAGACAAAUUACUUGAAUUCAAGACAUCCAAAGAGGAAGACUUCUAUAGAGGUGGCAAAGUGUCCUGGUGGAACUUCUACUUUUCUUCUGAAUACUAUUCUUCAUCAUUUGUCAAAAGGGAUAAAUACGUGAAACUUGAAAAAAAGAUUCAAGAAUGGGCAAAUUCUUCUCAGCCAGGAUGUGCAAAAAUUAUUCACCUGUACCAUCAUCCGGGCUGUGGAGGAACUACUUUGGCCAUGCAUAUUCUCUGGGAACUAAGGAAGAAAUUCAGAUGUGCUGUGCUGAAAAAUAAGACAGAGGACUUUUCAGAAAUUGGUACCUACUCCACAAUUUUAAUCAAAUCAAAGGUGAUUGAAUGCGGGAGCUAUUGUGGAGUGCGCAUAAUUCACCAUUUGAUUGCCACUCUCUCACUGGAAGAAUUGAAGAAAAGCUACAACUUGUGCAAAAGUAAAAUUGUAAUGGAUAUGUUAACAGAAAAUCUGUUCUAUGACACUGGUAUAGGAAAAAACAAAUUUUUCCAAGACAUGCAAACACUGCUGCUCACAAGACAGCGCAAUGAACAUGAAGGUGAGACAGGAAACUGGUUUUCUCCAUUCAUUGAAGCUUUACAUAAAGAUGAAGGAAAUAAUGCAGUAAAAGCUGUAUUAUGUGAAGCUACCCGUAGGUUCAAACCCAACGCAUUCAUCUGUCAAGCUUUAGCGAGACAUUUCUACCUUCAAGAGAAGGACUUUGAAAAUGCUCUACAUUGGGCAAAAGAAGCAAAAAAGAUAGAGCCUGAUAAUUCUUACAUCUCAGAUACACUAGGUCAAGUCUACAAAAGUAAAAUAAGAUGGUGGAUAGAUGAUAAUAUAAAAAAUAGGAUUAUCUCAGUGAAAGAGCUAACUGAACUUUUAGAUUUAGCUGAACAAGCAUCAUGUGCUUUCAAAUUAUCUCAAAGGCAAACCGAAGACCGAGAAUAUGAAAGACUGAAUCAGAAGUCAAAGAGGAGGUACGAUACUUACAAUAUAGCUGGUUAUCAAGGAGAGAUAGAAGUUGCCCUCUACACCAUCCAGAUCCUCCAACUUAUUCCUUUUUUUAACAACAAAAAUGAACUAUCUAAGCGAGCUAUGAUCAACUUUAUAUCAGGAAAUUGUGACAUCCCAGGGGAUCUAAAUGAAUUUAAGUCAGCACUCAAGAGUUUUAUUCCUUAUCUAACUAACCUGAAGACUUCUUUAAAGAAAUCCCUUGAUUUUUUUGAUGAUUACUUUGUCCUUCUAAAACCCAGAAACAAUAUAAAACAAUUUGAAGAGGCUAAAAGUCGCAGAAAGGUGGCCACGUACUUUAAGAAGUAUGUAGACAUAUUUGGUUCCUUGGAAGAAUUACAAGAUCAAAAUUUUGUAUCAAAGCUCAGUUUACCUCUACAAGUAGAAGGGACUCGGAGAAGCCUAGAAGCUUUAAAAGCAGACAAGUUUUCUGGACUCUUAGAAUAUCUUACAAAAAGUUCAAAAGAUGCUAUGAGCUCCAUGGAAUAUAUUGUGAAUAAAUACACUUUCCUUCUUGAGCAAUGUCCUAUGAAAACCCAACAAAAGGAAAAGCAAAACUUUAUCUUGGCCAGCAUCAUUCUCUCUUGUAUUAACCCUACAUCCAAGUUAGUGAAGCCAAUUAAAAAAUUGAAAGAACAGCUUCGAGAGAUCCUGCAACCCAUAGGACUGACUCACCAAUUUUCAGAACCUUAUUUUCUAGCCUCUCUUUUAUUCUGGCCAGAAAACCAACAACUAGACCAAGAUUCUAAACAAAUGGAAAAGUAUGCUCAAGCAUUGGAGAAUUCUUUCAGGGGGCAAUAUAAACGGGUGUAUCACACAAAGCAGCCAAUUACAUAUUUCUUUCUUGGGAAGGGUAACAGUAGGAACAGACUCAUCCACAAAGGCAAAAUUGAUGAAAAUAUUGAAAACGUAUCAGAUAUUAAUUCCUGGUGGCAUACUGGAAAAGUAUGGGAAGAGGAAAAGGUCCAAAACCUUUUGGUUCGUUUACAGGGACGAGCUGAAAACAACUCUUUAUACAUAGAGUAUGGGAUCAAUGAAAAAAUCACGAUACCAAUUACACCCACUCAUUUAGGUCAACUUAGAAGUGGGCGGAGCAUAGAAAAGGUGUCUUUUUAUCUAGGAUUUUCCAUUGGAGGACUUCUUGCUUAUGACAUUAAAAUUGUNUAAGAUCUUGAGUUGCACAAGAGAUAUGGUUUUAGCAUCAGCUUUUUUCCCCUUUAGUUUACUUCUAGACACAACUCUUAAUAAUUCUGUGUAGUGGGAGAAGGGAGAGUAGAAGAAAAACAAGGCUGAGCCUUACUUGACAAUUUCUGAGCAAUGGAUACAUGGGCUUCUUUUUACUCUUCCCUCUGUGUUGUCAAGAAAUGAUUCUAAAACAUCUGCAAAAUAAAAUCAAAUCAAAAUA